ACUACUGCACCACUCCUGGAGGAAAAUGACAAUCUCCAGACAGCACAAGACUGGAGAAGGACUUGCAUUUACACAGAUAACAUCACUUUUGAUAGAACAGCCCACCCCAAUCUCCAUUUCUUGGGAUGAGAAGAGUUUGAUCCACAAAUCCCAACCUCAAAGACUUUUGCCAAAUCCAGAGAGGUUUGAUUUGACUGUCUGUGUGUUGGGCUCUGAAGGAUUCCCCUCUGAAAAGCACUACUGGGAGGUGGAUGUCGGGACAAGCACUGACUGGGACCUGAGAGUGGCCAGAAAAUCCAUACAGAGAAAAGGGAAACUUUCCUUCUCCCCUAGAGAGGGAUUCUGGGUUAUGGCUAUAGCCCUGGCCGUAGCAUGGCAAGCCCCGCUCUCCCAGCCGCAGCACUUGGCGGAGCGCGGCAAGCCCCUGGCUGCACUGCCCCGGCCAGAGCACCUGGUGGAGUGUGGCAAACCCCUGGCCCCACUCUCCCAGCCGGAGCGCCGGGCAGAACACAGCAAGCCCCUGGCCCCACUCUCCUGGCUGUAG